GCUCCCCAUCUAAACGGCUUCCAUUCACAUGUCCCUCAUUUUUCUCCUGCACUGACCUCUUGAAGUCCCUCCCUAUACCACACAACAGUCUGCCGGCCAGCUACCCUCAUCCAUCCAAGAUGCAAUUCCUCGCUGUUGCCGCGGUGUUGACCACCGCUGUGUCUGCUCUGCCAGCACUCGUCGAGCGCCAACAGACAUACGGAGCUCCGACUUACGAAGCCGAGACCUACGGAGGCCUCAACUACUCCGCUCGCGCCGUCCUCCACCACAACCUCCACCGUUCAAACCACUCUGCCACCAAUGUCACCUGGGACGAUGACCUCGCCUCCAGCGCCAAGAAGGUUGCCGAUCUGUGCAUCUUCGAGCAUAAGAUGGACGUCGAUGGCGGCAACUACGGCCAGAACUUGGCUGCCGGUGUCCCAGCCGACAACAUCACGUCCGUCAUCACCGACCUCUGGUACGGCGGCGAAGUCUCCCUCUACCCAGCCUGGGGCCGCAACCCAUCCCAAUCUGAGAUGUCCAACUUCGUCCAAUGGGGCCACUUCACGCAACUCGUCUGGAAGAACACGACCAUCAUCGGCUGCGCAACGACCGACUGCUCCAGCCAGGGUGGUGUUGCCAGCACUGGCGGUAACGUCGAACCUUACUUGACCGUUUGUCAUUACAAGGGUCCUGGCAAUUACGCCGGCCAGUACGGCGAGCAAGUCGGUGAAUCUCUGGGAAAUGCCACGAUCGCUUGGAAUGAUUUCCUCGACCUGGACAUCGACAUCAACCUCUCCAAGUAGAGCGGAGCUGGUCCUUCCGAAAAGCCUGUUCAUUCAUCCUUUUUCUCUUCUCUUCUUCAUACCCCAUUAGAGUGCUGCUGUCGCGGUGCCCGAUCUUACAGAACUUGAUGUUCUGUCAUUAGAAGCUUCAGAAAACAAUAUCUUGCGAGAACGAGAUUUUAUGAUACCCAUGAAGCAAGCAUUAGAGAGCGAGAGCGAAGAUAGAGCGUAGAAAGCCUGGCUCAUCGAACACAAAAAGUUUUGCACUCACUUCUCACCUGUUCUUCUCUUUCCUC